AUUUUUUAAAUUUCAUGAAAAAACAUAAACAGUAACUAUGUAUUAAGACGGAGGGACUAAUAUUUUGUUUGUUGCAUAAUUCAUAAUCGAAUAUGACUACGGAAACAUACAGGUUGGGGGAACUAUUUUAAAAUAUAAAAAAAAAAAAAAAAAAUUGACAAGAUUGUGAUUUGGACGACAUCUUCAAUCAUCCACAAAGUGCCCCAGAAACAGAAGAAUAUUCAAUGUAGGUCGAAUUUAAUUUGAUUAUCACAAAAAAAAAAAAAAAAAAAAAAAAAAAUUGAAUCUCAGAUUUUCAAGAAAUACACCAUAACAGAUCAACAAACAGAAAGGGUGGAAAAUCAGAGGUGAAAGAGGAUGCCAAGCGUAGCGGUGAAGUUAUACAGCGUUUUCUUCAAAUUCUUGUUGAAACACCGCCUUCAGAAUCGUUUCCAGAAUACGGCGGAUGAUUCGGUAAAUGGAAGAUUAAACAAAGAUUUUGGCGUCACAACUCGGCCUGAUGAAUCGGUUGUAGCAGCAAAUCCAGUAUUUACCGACGGUGUUGCGACCAAGGAUAUACAUAUUGAUCCUUCUACCUCUCUUUCCGUCCGAAUAUUCCUUCCUGAGACGGCUCUUUCGUCGGAACCCAGGUCGAAAACUAGGGUUUUUAAUAGAAGGGUUGAUGCGAUUGUGGAAGAUUCUGGAUCAAAUUUACAUCGGAGGAAUAGUUUUGGACCGUCUUCUGUUGAUCUGGGUAAUGGGGAUCAUUCGUUGAGGAGGAGUAGUUAUGGUAAUGUGGGUGGUGGAAAUGGGGGAUAUAGAGGUUAUUUGCCGUCGAUUGAGCAUAGUAAGGGUGAUAAGUUGAGGAAAUUACCGGUGAUGUUGCAGUUUCAUGGGGGUGGUUUUGUUAGUGGGAGUAGUGAUUCUGUUGCUAAUGAUUUCUUCUGUCGCCGGAUUGCGAAGUAUUGUGAUGUUAUUGUGUUGGCUGUUGGGUAUAGGUUAGCGCCGGAGAAUCGCUACCCGGCUGCUUUUGAGGAUGGUUGGAAGGUGUUGAAUUGGCUUGCUAAAACGGCAAAUUUGGCAGAGUGUAGCAAAUCAUUGAUCAGUAGAGGUGGGGGUGUCGUUGGCGGUGGAGGCACUGGUGGCAGCGGUGCUGCUGGUGGCGAUACCAAGAAAUCUGAUGUUCUUCGGCAAACUGUUGCAGAUACUUUUGGUGCAUCAAUGGUGGAGCCUUGGUUGGCUGCACACGCGGACCCUUCCAGAUGUGUUCUACUUGGUGUUAGUUGUGGGGCAAACAUUUCGGACUAUGUGGCUAGGAAAGCUGUUGAAUCUGGGAAGCUGCUCGACCCUGUUAAGGUUGUAGCACAGGUGUUAAUGUACCCAUUCUUUAUCGGCAGCGUCCCUACACAUUCAGAGAUAAAGUUGGCCAAUUCAUACUUCUAUGAUAAGCCUAUGUGUGUGCUCGCAUGGAAGCUCUUCCUGCCAGAAAAUGAGUUCAGCUUAGACCACCCUGCCGCGAAUCCUUUGAUUCCAAAUAGAGGACCUCCAUUAAAACUUAUGCCUCCGACACUGACUGUAGUGGCAGAACAUGAUUGGAUGAGAGACCGGGCCAUUGCCUACUCAGAGGAGUUGCGAAGAGUUAAUGUGGAUGCCCCGGUUCUGGAAUACAAAGAUGCAGUCCAUGAAUUUGCAACCCUUGACAUGCUUCUGAAGACCCCUCAAGCCCAGGCUUGUGCUGAAGAUAUUGCCAUCUGGGUUAAGAAGUACAUCUCAAUUCGUGGUCAUGAAUUCUCUUAUUGAGUACCAAAUUCAUAUGGACUUUUUAAGAUUGCUGUCCAUAGCUCUGUGCUUGUGCUCUCCUCGUACUCGUCCUUUUCCUUGUCCUUGUCCUUCGACGUCAAAUCAUAGAGUUGAAGCUGCUGUAUCAGUCAGAAUUGGCAUCAAAGGGAAAUUUUCUCUCUUACCAUAGAGUCAAUACUAGUCUAUAUGGUGUGGUAUUUUUUUAAUUUUAUUUCAUUUGUUUUUGGCUGUAAUAUAGGGCUUUGCGGUGUAGAAUUUAGCUACUUGUAAUUUGCACUUACCAACUGACGGUCACCAAUUGGUGACGGUUUUGUGAAAAAAUUCUCCUGCAUUAUGCUGUAAUCAUGUACGGAUAUGAAAUGAAAUCGUUACCUAUGCUUCUUGAUAUUGAAAUGAUAUUCUUUUGAUGAC